AUGGCGGCAAGGUACGCGCGGCCCGUGCGGGUGCUGGUGGACAUGGACGGCGUGCUGGCGGACUUCGAGGCCGGCCUGCUGCGGGGCUUCCAGCGAAACUUCCCCAGGGAGCCGUACGUGCCGCUGGAGGAGCGCCGCGGCUUCUUCGCCCGGGAGCAGUACCGAGCCCUGCGCCCCGACCUGGCGGACAAAGUGGCCAGUGUGUAUGAAGCCCCAGGCUUCUUCCUAAACUUGGAGCCCAUCCCUGGAGCCUUGGAAGCCAUGCGGGAGAUGAAUGACAUGCAGGACACUGAGGUCUUCAUCUGCACCAGCCCGCUGCUCAAGUAUGACCACUGCGUGCGCGAGAAGUACGGCUGGGUGGAGAAGCACCUGGGGCCCCAGUUUGUGGAGCGCAUUAUCUUGACGAGGGACAAGACCAUGGUCUUGGGGGACCUGCUCAUUGAUGACAAGGACACCAUUCAAGGCCAAGAGGAGACCCCAAGCUGGGAGCACAUCUUGUUCACCUGCUGCCACAACCAGCACCUGGCCCUGCCCCCGGCCAGGAGGCGGCUACUCUCCUGGAGUGACAACUGGAAGGAGAUUAUAGAAAGCAAGCGGGAAGCCCUGCGGCGGGGCCCGCCCGGCCUGGGUCUGCCGCAUGCAUGAGCCAAGGGGCAGUGGCAGUGGACAGGAUCUGGAGGAAGGGGAGGCAGGCCAGCAGGGAACCCCGGCACAACUGGGUGCCAGGGCAGCAUGGUGGCAGGGACCCCUCAGCACUGCCCCCUGGAACCUCCCGGGGUAGCUGCAUGGCCACCUAGUGGGAAAUCAGGAACCUUUUAAAUAAAGCACUACUCACUGCU